AUGUUCAUGGAUUAAGUUCAACUGGAACGGGAACUGAUGGAAGAAAAGUUUUAUAACAACCUUGAGGAAAGUGACACUUUAGUUGAUUACUUCUGCGUAAUUGGACUAGACCAGCAAAGAAUUGCAUAAUUGAUUCAUGAAAAACUCCCUAAGGAGCAAAUCGCUAUUGAGCUAUCCAAUAUGAAGCCCUAAUUGAUAAGCAAGUUUCCCCCAAAAGAUAAGAAGUCGUUUAAAAUAGAUGAAAAUGUAGAAUCUGAAUUACCUAAUUUUGCAUUCCCCUAAGGAUAUAGGAUUAUUGAUCGCCAUGAUCAGCCUAAGCAGCAUCAAAUAGCUUGUAUGUUUGAUGGAGGACUUCAGAAAAUAUUUGCCUAAUUUUUUAUUUUUUAUGAGGAGCUAGAUGAAUACAGAUUAGCUCAUGAGAGCUAUAUGUCUCACUUCAAUGAACGAUAAGGAAUAGACUCUCAGCAUUAAAUACGCUAAGGAUUGAGCAUUUUUCAAGAUCGAGAAACAACUGCCAUGACCUCAAUUACUUAACUCUCAAGGGAAAGCAAUGUGGAGACAGUAGAGAAUGCAAGGAAUACAGGAAUAUUUAAUGAUAUUCCGAUUAUUCGAGAAAGAAGACCUUCAGAUGAUCGAUAUGAAGAGGAAAAGAAAAGUCAUAUAGAGUCGUAGAAGCAUCAUAAUUCAACAUCACCUACCAUUAGAUAAGAUCACUUAUAGCCAAGUCAAAAUGGUUCGAAUAGGGGAAUUCAUCAUUAACAUACUUCUCCAAUAUCUUAGAAUCAUACUUUUCACGAGCCAUGGAAUCAGUCCUAGAUCACAUCCAUCGCCCAGCACUCACAUACUCCUAGUAUGAAUCAAUCUAGCACAGACAUUUUAAAUUCUAGUGUCAAUAUAAGCAGAGCUCUGAAUCAAGGCUAAAGCAUAUUUCAAAGCAGAUAAACGAGAUAGAGUGUACCCGCAAAGUCUCAUAAAAUAUACAUCCCAAAAGCGAUUUGCCUAUUGUCUAGAUACCCUUUUUACGAUUACUUUAGUGAAAUUUUGGAUGAUCUAUACAAUGCUUCAAAGCAUCACGUCAUCGAUUGUCCUGCACCUCCAAGAGGUCUAGCUAGAGUUAAAUAUGAGAAAUAUUCAAAGCAAGGAAAAUUCUUAGAACUAACUUAGCCACCAAUCAAUGAGCUGCCAUUUGUAAAUCGGUCAUUCUUUGAUAUUCUAUUCAAAACCUUGCCCCCUGAGCUAAUUAUCACUAUAUUUACUCAUAUUCUUGUAGAAAGACCUGUAAAUUGUUGUUUACUAAUUAGCAUAUAGAUCCUUGUAGUGGCUCAAUGCUAACCUUGGCCUUAUAUUAUUGGCAUUCUAGAGAAUGACUUAGAGGAAGCUUUAUAAAUGCUUAAUGAGAACAAUGAUAAAUCAAAGCCAUUAAUCAUUCAAAUAUCCCAAAUGAAGGUAACUUAAAAUAGUUUGAAUAAUGAACAGAUUUAGUAAUUCAAACCAACAAAUACUGUUCUAGAGGAUGGUGGCGCAUAGAGAAAUCAUGUGAAGGCAAAAAAUGUCCUGACUGCUUAGCUACCUUAAAAGCCUUACAACUCAUUAUUGUAAAAAGUUAAAACUGCUCUGAAGUCAGAGAACUAAAACUAAAUGCUAUCUCAAAAUGCAAUAAAUAAUAUCAGGAACGCUUUCUAUUAAACUUUGCUUGAGCUGUUUGCCUAUUAUAAGGAAUUCGUUUAAAGAGACCAGGAUGGAGAGAUUCAAUUCGAUAUCAAGAGGUUCAUCCAAUUCUCUAAUAAGUAAUACAAAGAGUUUUACUUAUCAUUCUUCCAAAUAAUCACGGAAAAGGUUGACAGAUUAUCAAACUAGUUAUUCAUGAACUUUAUCUCUUAGCAAUCUGUGAAUAACUAUAAUAACAUCUAAUGCUCUGUGAUGCACUUCAAUGAAUCUAUAUAAAAACUUUAAGAUGGAGAGACAAUCGCCCCAUUUCGAAGAAGUUUGCCUUUCUUAGUUGAUAAGACCUAAGAUAUCAAGGAAACGCAUAUUGCCCCACCAGUGUAGUUCUCUAAAUUUUCUAUUUAAGAACUCAAAGAUUCGUAUUUAAUGAAUCCAGAUCUUCCUCAACUGUAUCCUUUGGAGAUAAACUUAGAUGAGGAGAGUAACUCUGGCUUUAGAUAUCUAAUAUUCCCUAUACUAAAUCAAAGACUAUACGAAAGCCCCAAAGUAUUUAGAAUUGAAUGCUUAGCAGCCAAUCUGGAGAGAUAACUGUAGACUAAUUGGAGAACAGAGAGUCGACCCUAAUAUAAAUCCCUUUUCCAGAGAUAGAAGAUAAAUAUUCCUCAGGUUAGCAAGUUCGAAGGAACAUAUGUGCACAUCACUUGGAUUUAUGUGUGGUGUGCUACUCUUUGGAUGCAAGAUGAUAGGGAGAAAUUCUUCAGGCUGAUGCAAGUUCUGCAAGUGGUAGCCAAGCUUAAAGCAGACUUUAUUUAGAGACCUUAAUUGGAUCUAUUUUUCUUGCUGAUUGAAACUAGUUUUUAAUACGGAAACAUGAAGAUGACACAGAAGAUAUACGAGACACUCUAAAAAUAUGAUUUAAAGCCUGAUGCCAGAAUAUAAUAAAGAUACUUCUAACAUCUUAAAAUAACUUAAAAAAGAUAAGAGAAAUAAGCUAAGAUCUCACCUAAGAAAACAAAUAAUAUAUCAACGAAUAAUAUAACAUUUAGAAAAUCAGAUAUAGUAUUUGGAAGCAAAAAGGAAUCAAUAAUAAAUGAUCGUAAUUAAAAACUUAACUAAAAGGACUAAUAAUUUUUAAACCCCAAUUCAAGAUUCUACAGAUAGGUAAAAUACUAGCAGCAGUUUAGACAGAGAACGUUCAAAACUAAGGAGGAUGUUAAUAUUCUUUUUGAUGAGGUAAAAUUGAAGUUGCAGGAGCAGUGCAACAACUGUUCAGGGUAGUUACUGGCAGCAUAGCUAAGAAAGGCUAUUGAGAAAUAGCAUAUGCUCUCUUAGAGGAAUGGUAAGCCGCAGGUUGCAGCAUUAUGUACUUACUGUGGGAGAGAAAUAGAGACCCCUCAAUUAAAGGUGACGAUAGGCAAGAGAAUAAGGAACAUCAAGGGGUCGUUUAAGGAGGAAAACACGGUGUUUUAUAAUGCAGCUUAGGUGCACAGAUGGUUUGAGAUUUUGUUCAUAGAAGCAGACAGCAUGAAGAUCGAUAUGUGCAAAAUGCGCUAAGAGAACAAGAACUUGUUCUGGAACAUAAUAUACUACUUUAACGACUACUCACUGCCCUUUGACUUUAUUUUGCCUUAUGAAGACACUUCAGAGUUUGACCUAGACUACGAGUAGCUCAAGAACACUGCUCAGCUAGUCAAAGUGCUGUAAGUUAAAAACGACAUUGAAGAGGUUCUUGAGGAUGAGAAGGAAAAUGAUGAAGAGGGAGCAAUGACCCUUGGAGGCAAUGGAAUGGUUCAUGUGGGUAGAUUCCACUGA